AGAGCCCUUUCAGACAUGGCAAUACGAAGUGACUUCAGCAAAACCAUCAGGAGGAUUGCUCGUUUUUUUUACUGGUUUCCUAAAUCAUGGAGCCGGUCAAGGAAAAGGACGGUAAAACUUCUUUGGAAGUCUGCUGACUGCAGGUACACAUGCCACGCUCACUGCCGAGACCUGGUGCACCUGGGCUGCUGGCGGAAUGGGAAAUUAAUGGCCUGCCUCACUGCACAUGGCACCUUAGACGGAUCUGACAACGGUCAGGAUGUUCAGAAGGAGAGAGAACCUCAUGUUUAUCUCAGUAAAGAAGAAGUUAAAGAGAAGAUACAAAGCUAUAAUUCAUCUGUCACUGAUAAAUUAAAGAUGACCUUGAACUCAAAUGGGAUUUACACUGGCUUCAUCAAAGUUCAGAUGGAACUAUGCAGACCGAUCACUGUGCAGUCUUCCCCCAGCCAGGGGAGGUGUGCUCACAGCAAUAACGAAACUGCUUUUUGCUUGCCGAACGACUGUGUGAAUACACUUCACAUCAGCAGCACCAAUACUGUUCGUGAAGUUAUUGAGGCCUUGCUCAAAAAGUUUUUCGUGACCGACAACCCCGCGAAAUUUGCACUUUACAAACGCUGUCACAAGGAAGACCAAGUUUAUACAUGCAAGCUGUCAGACCGAGAACAUCCCCUCUACCUGCGUUUGGUGGCAGGCCCCAGGACGGAAAUGCUUAGUUUUGUUCUACGUGAGCAUGAAACUGGAGAAGUUAUGUGGGAAGCUUUUAGUCUUCCUGAACUGCAAAACUUCUUGCGUAUACUGGACAAAGAGGAAAACGAGCAACUUCAAAUCCUGAAGAAGCGUUAUGCAGCUUACAGAGACAAACUUGAAGAAGCCCUUGGUGGGGUGUGGAAACCUGGUUAAAAGGGGGCCAAAGAACACUCAGGAAAAACGCACGCUACCAAAUGUCAGUAUAGCAUGCCAAACCCAAUGUACAAAAGAGCAGCAAGGAGUAGUUUUCUUUAUUCGGAAGACUGUUUUGUGAUGCCAGGGUACCUGAACUUUGCUAUAGACUUAGUUCCAUAAGCCAGGUCACUUAAGAUCUUGCACCCACAAGUGUAAGGGAUUCUGCAUGUUUGUACAUCAGUUUGCAACCCUCUGUGUGCCUAGAGAGUUUUCCAAGUUAUCUUGGUGCAAGCUGUGAAACUGUAAUCAAUUUUCUAGGAUGCUAUGAAAUAAGAUUAUUUUUUUUUCUUCUUUGCUUUAAUGGUAGCUUUUCAAGUAAGGAGGUGCAAAUUAAUUGGUAAAAAAAGGAAUGAAACUGUCUGGAAAAGAAUUAGUUGGAGCGCUAUCUUUGAGAUGAAAUUGAUUUGCACUACCUUUCUGUUUUCAAAUAGUUACUGUAUAAUUUGUGAGGAAACUGUUAGAGAUGGAGGGCAUAUGAGAUCUUUUGUUUUGUUCUGUGAAUUUGUGGAAGGCUUUAAAUUAGUCUUCCUGGAGAAGGUAAAGAGAAUGUUGAAAAGAGGGUAAGAGUUGAGGAAGGAACAGUGUAGUAGCUGAUGGAGGAGGACCGGUUUUAAAUAGAAAUAGUAUUUAUACAGAGGAAAGUUAAAAUGCUAAUUCUACAAGAAUAAAGUUUUAGGAUGUUAUAAUAUUGUGAAUAAGUUUUAGGAUUUUUUAAUUACAUAAAUCCACACUGGAAAAGAAAUAAAGAUAAUAGAAUUACUGGGAAGGAAUGAGAGGCGAAAGCUGAAUAAGAAUAGAAAUGGAGCUGCACAUACAGGUCACUAGUGGAGAAGCUGCUUCCAUAAAUGUAUAAUGGGGGGUUGAAAAGUGCAGCAAAGCUAAGAAGUGGCAGCUUACUUGAAUUCUAAAACGUGGACAACGUCUCUGAUAACUCUGUGAGAAUUGCCCAGCUAGUGAGCAUUCAGAUCCAAGCUGUAACUGCAGAUGCAUUUGGUCUUACUGUAAGUCAGAUCUUUCCUCUGGCUCAGCAAUCCCUUUUUAGGCUGGAUACUUUUAAAUUGUCAUAUCUGAAAGACAAAAAUAGCUUCCUCUGCUUCCUUGUUUGUUAAAGGCUCGGUCGGGCAAAGAAAGUAGAAUUUCUUAUUCAUGUUUCCAGCAUAAAAUGAAAUUAAAAUUUAUCAUCAGUGUUGGUGACUGAGCAUGGUAACUCCUGCUUUUAGUAAUUCAGAAAGUUUUUUCCUAAGUUUUUAAAAUUCUUAAUUGAACAACUGAUUACCAAAUUCUGUAGACUGCUGAUUUACUUGAUUUAAAAGUAGGAAAAAUGUAGCAAGAAAACAUUUUAAUGUAAAUAAAAUUGUUUUUCUUUCAGAGUUAUUUAUCUAAAAAGCACGUUCGAAAGAAACCAAAGAAGUGGGUGUGCAAUAGGAGCAUGAGGCAGGUUUGAGUAACCAGUACUUUAGUCAUUACCAAGCCGAGAGGAAAUGAGUUAUAUAUUGGGGGUUGGGGUGGGAGGGAAGUGCUAAAGAUUUAAGAGCAGCAGAAGUUGGUGGUGUUUUUUUUUUUUUUUUUUUCCUCCACUCUUAGGAUGUUCAUUUUAAAUUCCCAAGGAAUUGUUAAAACUUUGGUGACAUCUAAUGGAUACUAUGUGAAACUCCAAGCUUCUGUUCACCACCUUAAUUUGAUGUAAUUGUGCCUUUGUUUCCUUUCCUUAGACUUUUUUAAAACUCUUCACAGGUUGAUUUUUUUGGUUAAAAAAAUAAAAUUAGAAAAAAAAAAAUGCAAGCUUAAUGAGACAAUCAUAAUGUUUUAAAGCGUUAAGAGAAAUUAAAAGUAGGACUAACUAUAAAGUAUAUGUAAGGCAUAUCUUGUUUGUUUUUUAAUUUCACAUGUAACAUUGUAGUGCAUGUGUGACUUAGUAACAUUAUCCUCAAGUGAGACACUUUAUAAUGGUUCAGGGAAUGCUUUUAUGUUUUGUUACUUUUUUUUUUUUAAUUUUAUUUUUCUGUGAAUGCAGCAUGUUGAUGGGUAUUCUGUUAACAUCUACUUAUUUAUAUGCCUGCCCAUAGCUAUGUAAUCAUUACAUAAUCGCUGUUAAUGUUGAACCAUUUGUUGCUCAGAUUUAAACACUGUUUGAGUCUAAAAGUGGAGUAUAAAAAUAUGUGAAUUUUGUUUUUACUUGAACUAUCAGUCUUUUAAGUAGGCACAUCUGCAUUUACUUUAGCCAAAAACCUCAAUCAGUGUUGUAUGCACUACAAGUUUCAAAUUGGGGGAAGAGAGGCAGGAACCAAAACAAACUUACUAUAUUUUAAUUUUGUCUUAGUCCAUGGUUAAUUAUUGUAAGAUGUCGUGUGUGGGGUUAAUUAUUAUUAUUUUUUUUUUUACACACUGGCAAUUACAGCAGCUUUAAUUUAAAAGAAACGGUCAUGCCUGGCCAGUUUUUCUCUUUUUAAUUUUAGCAUCAAAUUAAACUGUCAAAACUUG